AUGGACUUAGAUAACUAUUUGAAUUUUAAUGAGCCAGGACACCCGCACCUCAGCGACAACGGAAUCAACAAUGCUCAGAACAUCGGAAUCUGCAUGAAUGACCAGAACUUGAGGAGAGAGCUUCUUGGAAACGACGGACAACACGGCAACGAUCAGUCCAGACAGCAGUCGAUUAUCACAGUUCAACAACCAGGAGAUGCAACUGGAAGUGGCCAGGUCCGCGUCUUCAUCAUCAGAGAUCAAGUCAAAAACGUCAUUCAAGCGGGAAACAAUCUCAUCGUCGAAACAGCGAAAAACGAUGGAGCAAAAAUCGCACCACAAACUAGCUACAUCCAGGGAGUGAUGAAAGACAACACAUUUCAGCAAUCGUCGCCGGUGAGCUUGAGCGGAUCUGAGCAAAGCAGCCAGCUGCAGAGUAACCAGCAAGGACAGACUGGUCAAGAAGCGAUUCAAGAAAACGGCCCCCCGACUCCGAAAAUCGCUGCUCAGAAAUCGCCGGGAGAACCGCUGAUCAAGCCAAAAGGAAAGAAACGACCGGUGCCGGCGCACCAAAAAGACGAACUCUACUGGGAAAGGAGACGGAAAAACAACCUCGCAGCGAAGCGAUCGAGAGAGUCUCGAAGACUUCGGGAUAAUCAGACGACGAUGAGGACGGGAUUUUUGGAAAAUGAAAACAUGGAAUUGAGGGAGAAAAUUAAUCAAGUCAGGUCUGAAAUUCUGGAUAUCAAAGAAAAGCUGCAAGAAUACAACGCGAUCUACCGAGGAACAGAAGUUUCCGCCCUGGCCGAGGCUGCUGCCGUCAUGGCGGAUUCGGAGCCGAUGAUUCCUCCCGAAAUCAAGCAGCAAUGA